UAACAAACGUUUACAUUUACACUCGCACACAAAACAGCUGGCAUUCUGUUCAAGGGACGCUUUACGAAAACUGCCAUAACAAAUGGUUCUUCCGUGAUUUCUAAACCGUUUUUUUCUUCUCUCUGUCUCUCUUGUGAUGGACCUGAACUGGAAGAACAAGUAACCAAGUGUGUUUAGUUCAAUACCAAUUGUUUCCUUUAACUUCGUGUUGCCUUCAGAUCCACCGAGGACGUGGGUGACUGUGUGUGAUCCCUGCAGCUUGUGCGUGAAAGUUUGGCAAGGCUUUGAGCUGCUCUGCAAAGGACUCGCCAAUCCGCGGCCAAGAUGGAAAACAAAAGAGAGUCGAGGUGCAGCGUCUCCGAAUCGGUGUCUCUGACGGAAGACAAGCCGCACUUCUGGGUAGAGAGAGAGAAUCAAGAAGCGGGAAAAGGAGAAAAAUGGGGAGAUACGAAAGAGGUGAACGGAGAGGACGAAGAAGAUGAUAAAGAAGAGAGGGUGGAAUGUGAUUUGUCAGUGACUCAGAUAAUGGGUAGUCGGAUGACGGCGGAGAAAUUCAUGGAUUUGCAGAAAUUCGUGGAAAGCCAAAAGUCUUUGGAUUCGGACAGGUCCAACAGUUUUGAUUCCUUUACUGUCAAUACCUCAAGAUCUUCAUGGAACGAAGCCGAAUUAACUGACGACUCAACGACUUCUUUAUUGCCGUCGACUGAUGACUCCCUGGAGAACUACGAAGCCCAUAUGUCUGUAGAUUCAGUUGACGAGUAUCGAGAUAUGGUGAGGACCCUUCAACACUACCGACCUCGCGUAUCUCGCCGUCGCCGUCGCCGUCGCCGUCGUCAGCGUCUCAAAUGUACUCGUCAGGGUUCCUCUUCGUCCUCCUCCUCUUCAUCCUCCUCCCCCUCGACCGUCAGCAGCGACUCGGACUGCUCCUGCGUCUCCUGCUCUUCCUUGAUGACUGGAGUGACCAAGAAGUAUUUCGGCGCCGAGGUCGGGCCUCCUGGCGGCGAGGGGACGAAGCAGCGGCGGGCGGCCAUUUGGCUGGAGAGCAUCAAGUACCUGUGGGGUAUUCUAGUCUAUGGUCUAUUAGUGCUGUCUAUCCUGUUCCUGGCAACUGCGAUUUGGAUGACUCAGCGUGUGAAGGAAAGAGAAUUUGGCCACAAGAUGCUCUACUGGGGCAUCCCCUUCGUGGUGGUGAUGCUACUGGUGGUUUUGGUGUGGCAAGGUACAUGGCACACUCUGCUGCGCCUCGGAUAUGGUGAUGGUGAUCAUAUUCAAGACAGGAGGAACUUUAUAGAAUUCGCGCAAAAGAGAGAACUUGUUUACACAAUCCGCGGCGCUAUAUACGCCCCGACGAACCCCGACCCGACAGCCAGCGCCUCGAAGGCCUGCUCCUCCUCGACGCAGAAGCCCCCUUCCUACUCGGUGGUGGCCUACGAGAGCGAGUUCGACUCCGACCUCUACUUCGACUCCGAUCUCGACUCCGACGGGCAGUACCGGCGCAGUAUCACGCCCUGGCAGGAGAUCGAGGACCCGGAGAAGAAGGAGAGAAGGAACAUCUACACGAGGAAGGCUUGGCGGAGGGACGUCCCCGUGAUCUGGUGGGAGGUUUGGAAUCAACCCCCUAGAGAUUUCUGAAGAGGGGGUGUGGGGUUGGGGAACGGGGUUGUAGGGUUGGGGAAGAGGUUAUAAGACUGGGAAAUGGGUUAUGGGAUUUGAAGAAAGGGUUAUAGAACUGGGGAAGGGAUUGUGAGUUUGGGAAAUGUGUUGGGGAACUGGGGUUAUAAGGUUGGGAAAGGGGUUGCGAGGUUGGGAAAUUGGCUGUGGGAUUGAGGUAGGAGUUGUGAGGUUGGGGAAGUGAUUGUAUGUUUCGAGGAGGUGUUGCUGGGAUUAGAAAAAAAGGGAAGAAAGAGGAGCAAGAAGAAGGGUUUAGAAGUGUGGCGACCCUACACUUCUCGAAGCCGCCUACUACCCGGGUCCUCCGGCUUCGAAGACCUUCACUACACAGACCAUGGGCUCGGGGACCUUUGUGCUGCUCGCCAAGAGAGCCGAGGAAAUACUGACACCUGGGAAAGUCCAAGCAACACUCUUUAUAACUGUUGUGUAUGUCUUCACAAUUGAAAUCUCCGCCAGAUAACACUGCUGGCUGGUAGUCGAGAGAUCCCCAACCUUGUAAAUUUAUUGAGAGCAAAGUUUAAAUAAGUAUUUAGACUUUGCUGGAAAGAAGGCUCCGAUAUGGAGUUAGUAAACACCUCUGGGUUCUUAGUCCAGACACCUUUGCAAGUCCACUGAAUGAUAUGUAAGCACAAACGUCCCAUGCCGUUUUCUUUGUGAGGAUUUGUGUUAUCGUGAUAUGCUAAGGUUAGGUAUAAUUUCUGUAGUGUUAAGUGUUAUAUUGUUAGUUUGGUAUAGGAUUAUGUGUUUUAGUGCUACAUGUACUAGACUAUGUGUAUGUAACGUGUCCUGUCAAGUAAUGUAUGUGGACCUGCUCAUGUGUAUACCAUACGUUGUUUAUAUGUGUUACUUUGUUAUUUGUUUGCUCGAGUUGCACACUAUGAUAAUUGGUAUAUUAUGUAUUUGCAAUAUAAUCAUCUUUGCAA